UUCUCCUACAGAUGAAGAGGUUAUCUGCGAAGGUUAUUUUUUUAAGUUGAAAAUAAAAAAGUGAAUGUGCUAAAUUAGUUAGGGGGUUAUAUAAUAACAUGUUUUCAAGGAAUAUCAAUUUAAUACUUUCCAAAAGAACCCACCAGAUUUUCAGAAAUGUAUCCAGUUCGGAAGCAUUGGAACCUGUCAAAAUGGCCUAUGCUACUUAUGAGAGCACCGGUUUAGAUAUAAUCAAUCAAGCAAGCCCUCUGUUGAUAAUGCACGGUCUUUUUGGCUCAAAAUCCAACUGGAACAGCUUAUGCAAAGCAUACCAUCAAAAAUUCGACCCAACAAGAAAAAUAAUUGCAAUGGAUGCAAGAAAUCAUGGGGACAGUCCUCACAGUGAAAAUCAUACUUACACAUAUUUAUCAAAUGAUAUCAAAGCAUUGUUUGACCAACUGAACUUGAAAAAAGGCGCCUUAAUGGGACAUUCCAUGGGAGGCAGAGCUGUCAUGUUAUUUGCUCUGAAAUAUCCUGAGUUGGUCGAAAGGUUAGUAGUUGUUGAUAUUUCACCUGUCAGAACUAGUCCAAGUAUGGAUAGUAUGCCACAUCUGUUUCAAAUACUAGAAUCAAUAAUAUUGCCUUCAGAGAUGCCUAUGUCAAAGGCGAGGACUUUUGUUGAAGAACAGUUGGCAAAGCAUAUUCACGAUAAGUCCUUGAGAUCCUUCUUGUUGACAAAUUUGGUUCAGAAAAAUAAUGGCAGUUAUAAUUGGAGGAUUAAUAUUCCAGUUUUAUUGAAAAAUUUCAAUAAUAUAGCAAACUUUCCUGUGGUCGAUGAUUUACAUUAUGAUGGUCCAGUUCUCUUUAUUGCUGGUGGAAAUUCUGAUUACAUACAGAAAAGUGAUUACCCAAAAAUACUGAAAUUAUUUCCAAAUGCUGAACUGAAAUUCAUAGAAGGAGCUGGUCAUUGGAUACAUAGUGAAAAACCUGCAGAGUUUCUGAAAGUAACUAUAGAUUUUCUAAACAAAAAAAUCAACAAAUAGUGAUUUUUUGAGACCAUCACUUUCGAAUAUAUUACAAAAUUUCAUUUUCGGCAUAAACUAGUCAUAUUGGGAAAAAUAAAAGAAUUUUAAGAAAA